AUGAAAUCUAUGUAUAGAUUGGUUAUACAUUUAGAAUCAGAGAGUAGGGCAAAGGAAGUUUUUAACGCUUUUAUCUGUGACAAUACUGAUUUAACACCCGAAAUUAGUACCGAGAAAAAAGAAAGUGAAGCUUUACUGAAGGAGGACCAGGAAGAAAUACGUAUCCAUAGAUAUUCAAUUAUCACAGACUUGAUUCAAGAGAAAGAUAGAAUGCUGGAUAAAAAAGAUAAAGUCAUAUCACAGUAUAUGGGACAUGGUAUCAUACGAUUGUUUAAAGAAAGUGAUACCUCACAAAUUUCAGCAGAUAACAAUGAAGAUAUGCAGGGAAAUUCAACUGCCACAUUGACUGUCCCAGGAGAUGAUACCAUGUUAUGUAUUCUUUUUGUACCAACGUAUUUCACUGUACAUGAUCUUUUGCAUUUCUAUAUUGGGGAUGAUAUUGUUCAUAAUCAAAUAUCAAAUUUUCGCAUUCUACAAAACCAUGAUGCAGGAGUGGGUUUUAAUUUUACUGUAUUAAUGAAGUUUAAAGACCCAGUCGGCGCUAGAAGAUUCAAAGAAACUUUCAAUGGUAAAAAAUUUAGUAAAAUUGAUCCAGAGAGAUGUCAUGUUGUAUUUAUUAAAGAGGUGACAUUCAAAGCCAAUCUUUUUGACAAUAAUGAGGAAUUGGUUCCAUAUCUUUUGACAGACCCUUUUACACGGUUAAAUGAAGAUAAUAUGGAUAAAGGGCAAUCUGUAGAAUUACCUAUGUGUCCGGUUUGUUUGGAGAGAAUGGAUGCAGAGACAACAGGAUUGAUUACAAUUCCAUGUCAGCACACAUUCCAUUGUCAUUGUUUGGAUGCAUGGAAGAAUUCUAAGUGUCCUGUUUGUAGGUAUUCAAGUUUUAGAUUAACUCGUGAUUCCUUAAUUCAAAAAGCUGGGGAUUCACCAAAAUGUACAAUAUGUGGUGAUAAAUCAAACUUAUGGAUAUGUUUGAUUUGUGGUAACAUUGGUUGUGGGAGAUAUAAUUCAAAACAUGCUAUUCAACAUUUUGAAUCCACUUCACACUGUUUUGCAAUGGAUAUGAAAACACAAAGAGUAUGGGAUUAUGCAGGAGAUAAUUAUGUACAUAGAAUUGUUCAAAAUGAAGUAGAUGGUAAACUAGUAGAAGUAAGUGGGAAUCUUCCAAAUGUAAUAUUCGAAAACAAUAAUAUGGCUGGUGAGUCUAGUGGUGAUGAUGGUGGAAUUGUUGCUAAUAGUAAUUUAGGAAAUGGUCAACAAAAUGAAAAUGCUAAUACCUCUGGAAAAUGUUUAGAUUUGGCAGAAAACUUCUUAAGAAAUAAAGAGUAUCAUCUAGAAUAUGUUCAGGUACUAAUAUCUCAGUUAGAAUCACAGAGAGAGUAUUAUGAAGAAAAGAUUGAGAGAUUACAAGAAAAAUCACUACAGGAUUCUCAUAUUUGGAACGAACAAAAGCAUCUUGAGGAACGUUACGAAAAACUUGAAAGUAAUUUUCUGGAACUGCAAGCAGAGUUUAGAAAGAUUGAGCUAGAGAACAAAAAAUUAAAAACGAUUAAUGAAACAAAAUUAAACAAUUAUCAAAAAGAAUCCUCAGAGAAAGAUCAAAUUAUAAAAGGAAUGUCGAGAAACCUAGAUGAUCAAAUCAAGAAGUAUGACAGGUUGAAGGAAUUAAAUAAUGAGCUUUUAGAUAAAAAUAAAAAUUUAGAAGAGGAAGUUAAAGACUUAAUGUUUUAUAUAAAUGCUAGAGAUAAAUUCGAAGGUGCGACAGAAGAAGAAAUAAAUGGUACUGUUAUGGUACAGCACUCAACAAAGGACUUUAAUACUGAUGCUAAGGAAAUAGCGAAUAUAUCCUCCUCCAAAAAUAAAAAGAAAAAUAAAAAGAAGAAAAGGAAGAACAAGAAUAAUUCGAUUACUAAAGCAGAAUUAACUUUACCUUCUGAUGUUGAUAGCUCUAGGUGUUUGAUACAGGAUUAG